UCUCUCCCACGCUUCACUAGUUACCAUUUCGAGGAGAAGAUUGGCGUUAGCAACCUGUAGGAGAGCAGUAGUUCCUGUUUUUCCUCAGCAACCACACACAGUAUCCCGGAACCGACUCGACCAUUCAGAAAUUGUAUCACAUGAAAAUGGGUUCGAACUCAAAGCGUCGAAAACGAUGCACCGAAGAUAGACUCAGUGAAUUGCCAGAUGCAAUUCUUUGCCACAUUUUGUCUUUCCUUUCGACAGUUGAGGCUGUAAAGACCAGUGUUUUAUCACAUAGAUGGGAGAAUGUGUGGGCUUCGGUGCCCACUAUAGACGUAUGUGAUUAUGAUCCAAAAGAAUUCGACUGCGAUAGUUUUUCGAUGUUUCUUGAUAAUGUACUUUUCGCUCAUGACUCCUUGAAAGUUCAUCGGUUCCGCAUUUGCUGUACUAAGAUGGUGGAUCCCCUUCUGUUUGAUUAUUGGACUAGCACUGCCAUUGGCUGUAAUGUUGUUGAACUCGAUCUUGGUAUUAUUCCCAUGGGUUCUGUGUACUCGUCACUUCCGCCCCAGUGUUUCGAGUUGCCAGGAAGCCUUUUCGUGAUGAAAAGUUUGGAGAAGUUGAAGCUGAGCCUGCAAUCGUUUAUCACCAUUACUCCUGAACCAAAUUGGUUCCCAAGUCUCAAGUUUCUCCAUGUUUCAGUCUCAUUUGCUGGUUCUCAUCUGAUGGAGAACCUCUUUUCUUGCUGCCCUGUACUUGAAGAGUUGAUUUUUGAUGCGGACCCUGAAUAUGAUGAUGAUUCAGUUUUUAACAUUAACAUCUCUGCACCGAAGCUGAAAAGACUACAAAUAAGCUUGUUCCUGGAAACAUAUGAUCUAGAGGUAGUAGAAUAUGAGCACAAACUUUUUAUCAAUGGCAAUGCUCCAAAUCUUGAAAAGUUCACUUUCGACGGCAAUCUUUUGGCAAUCUAUUCCUCGAGCAAUGCCAAAUCCCUGAACGAAGCCAAGAUUGAUUGCGCGGACCUGCAUGCGGGUCAAGAGCUUGACUAUCACCUUGAUGCUGCUGAUAAUUUGCACAGGCUUUUCACAGGAAUUUUGAAUGUUACUUACCUGUCAGUGUCAGCUCCUAUUUUUGGGGAUCCCCACAUUGUACAUCAGUAUCAUCUCCCUACAUUUGUUAAUUUGAAGCACUUGAAGCUACUUCUUCAAGCUUGCUGCUCUUGGCAACCAUUGAUUAGUUUUCUGAAUGCAUCGCCAAAUCUGGAAUCUCUUGUCUUGAAAAAGAGCCGCGAUUGCCUAUGUCGACACGAUCCGGAUGAAUUACAUCAUGAAUGGAAUCCACCAGAGUAUGUGCCUGUUUGUUUGGUGUCACACUUGAAGACUAUUUGCAUACGUGGGUACAGGGGGAGGCCAGAUCAGAUGAAAGUGGCAGAAUACUUGUUGAAGCACGGUGAGGUUUUGGAUAAGGUGACGGUUCAUCGGACUUCCAAAUGUAUCUCUUCAAAAAAAGAGAAGAAAUUAUGGCGGGGAUUGAAGAAGUUGCCAAGGUGUUCGAAGACAUGUCAAAUUGAAUUUCCAUGCCUCUCUGUCACAGCAUAUGGUUAUGUAAAAGAACAAACAAUUACAAUGGUCGAAAUGGACAUCCCAGGGUAUCUUGAGCAAAUCGAGUUAGGCCAACUCAAACGUGACAACCGCAAAGGCCCUCAAACUACUAAUUUCAUUUCCAUGCUCAAUCACUCGCUCCAAGUCCCUUCGUUACUAAUAUAUAUAGCAUCUCUUCUACACACACACUCACACAUAACUGAAUAUAAGACCAACACAAUGGCUAAGAAAGCAAUGCAGAUCCUGCAAUUGCUCUUCUUUAUGCUGAUCCCCUUGACUAGUUGUCAGGGAAGUCGUGGAGAAUACGGAGAAUGGCAAACUGCACAUGCAACAUUCUAUGGGGGAAGUGAUGCUACUGGCACUAUGGGAGGUGCAUGUGGUUAUGGAAACUUGUACAGCCAAGGGUACGGGACUCGCACCGCAGCUCUAAGCACUGCUCUCUUCAACAGUGGUUUGAGCUGCGGAGCAUGUUACCAAUUGCGAUGCAACGACGACCCCAAAUGGUGCCUCCAUGGUGACAUCAUUGUCACUGCCACCAACCUCUGCCCACCUAAUCAAGCUUUGUCCAACGACAAUGGUGGGUGGUGCAAUCCUCCUCUUGAACAUUUCGAUUUGGCUCAGCCUGCUUUCUUGCAGAUUGCUGAGUAUCGUGCUGGGAUUGUCCCUGUACUAUUCCGAAGGGUUCCAUGUGAGAAGAAAGGAGGCAUAAGGUUCACCAUCAAUGGUCACUCAUACUUCAACUUGGUGUUGAUAACAAACGUUGGGGGUGCAGGGGAUGUUAAAACAGUGUCCAUCAAGGGAUCUAGGACAGGGUGGCUACCAAUGUCAAGAAACUGGGGGCAGAAUUGGCAGAGCAAUUCCUACCUCAAUGGACAAACCCUCUCCUUCAAAAUCACAACCAGUGAUGGAGCCACACUCACCCACAAUAAUGUCGUUCCUGCUGGUUGGCAAUUUGGACAGACCUUUGAAGGUGGUCAAUUCUAGAUAAAUCCUGGAGAGCAAUGAUUUAUAUAUAUCUUUACACAUCACUUUUUAUAAAUUAUGAAUAAAAUGGUUCUGCAUCA